GGGCGGCAUCCCACAUGUCGACAUCUUUCACUCUUUACACAAUCUCAUCAUCAACAGCUUGACCAUUUUGGAUUACAUGUUGUGUGGUGUCAUUCGGGACUGAUCUAGAUCGAUUAGUCUUUUCUUCUCCUUCUGCCCCUUUUUCUGUCGCUGCUGUGCUGCCUUUUCUCCCUCUGCAGUCUUUUCUGCGAAAAGCUGGUAUACCCAAAGAGAUUUCCCCGUCACCGCCAAAACAUCAGGUGCCAGCCAGACUAGGCGCCCCUCUCUCAAACACACCAACACAAUCCCCUUGACUUGGCAACCAUUUUCGCUGCAAACUAGCCAACAAAAGCAGCCCUUCCAACGCAACAUCGCAACUAUGUCAAAGUACGUCGAAGCGGCGAAGCAGGACAUCCGCGAGGAUGUGACUUGGCAAAAGGCCGGGCGUCUAUCCCGCAGGGGCAUUAAGGAGUUCCCCGAGGCCUCUGUCCAGUACCUGCUCGACAAGGCACCCAUCGUCGGCUGGCUUCCAAAGUACAACCCCCGAUGGCUCAUCAACGACCUCAUCGCUGGCCUCACGCUGGGCCUGAUGCUGAUCCCUCAGGGUCUGGCGUACGCCAAAAUCGCCGAGAUCCCCGUCGAGUACGGGUUGAUGUCCUCAUGGCUACCGGCGAGCAUCUAUGCCAUUAUGGGAACCACAAAGGAUCUUUCCACCGGUCCUACCUCCCUAAUCGGUCUGCUCACGUCAGAGGGUGUCCAUGAGUUUGGAGAGGAAUACACACCUUCCCAGGUCGCCUCGGCCAUGGCACUAUGGAUGGGCGUCUUUGGCAUGAUCUUGGGUUUCCUCAAACUCGGAUGGCUCCUCGAGUUCAUCUCCCUGCCCAUCCUCAGCGGCUUCAUCACGGCGGUGGCCAUCACCAUCAUCCUCAACCAGAUGCCAUCGCUCCUUGGCCUUAAGGGAGUAGGCUCCGGCUCUGCACAGCAGAUACAUGACGUGUUUGCCUUCCUGCCAAAGGCAAGCCUUAUGACAUGCGUCAUUGGUUUCACCGGUAUCUUGUUCAUGACCAUUCUAGAGAAGACGGGCAAGCGGUGGAGCGACAAGAACAAGAUAGUCUGGUUCUGCUCCAUCACACGCGCUUUCCUGACCCUCGUACUCUUCACCGGUGUCUCUUUUGCCGUCAACGGCAAGAAGGCAAACGCCAAAGAAUACCUGUUUGAGGUGGUUCAGGUCAAGGCCGACGGCCAAGAGCCACCAGCCAUGCCGCCGUCAGAUCUGAUCAUGAAGACUGCGACCCGGUCCGUUGCUCUGUUUAUCGCCGCCGCCGUCGAACACUCUGCCAUUGCGCGAGCCUUUGGCGUAAAGAACGACUACAUUCCAGACCAGUCCCAGGAACUGUGCUACUUUGGCGUCACCAACUUUAUCAACUCCUUCUUCCAUGCCAUGGGUGUCGGCGGCGCCAUGUCUCGCACGUCGGUCAACUCGCAGUGCCACGUCAAGUCCCCUCUCUCCGGCGUUAUGACAACGGCAGUCGUGCUCAUCUCCAUCUAUUUCCUCGUCGGCACCCUGUACUGGAUCCCCAAGGCCACCUUGGCGGCAAUCAUCAUCACUGCCGUGUGGCCGCUCAUCCACCAUCCGAAGGACUUUUACCGUUACUGGAAGACGUCACUAGCCGACUUCAUCUCGUCCAUGAUCGCCCUCUGGGUUUCGCUCUUCUACAGCACCGAGAUGGGCAUCGGCCUCGCCGUCGGUUUCAACAUCGUCUACUGCAUCCUACGCCAGACCUUCACCCGCGUAACCUCCUCGGGCGUCCCCGCCCCGUCUGACAUCUCAGACCGUGACCUCCCCCACCCGGACUCCCCGCAGGCCCGCGACGUGCAUGUGUUCCGCUUCAACGACUCCUUCUUCUUCCCCAACAGCUACAUGUGCACUACGUCCAUCCUCGACUCCAUCCAGACCUACCACGCGCCGGCCUACCACGGCGCUCAGGGCCCCGAGGUCAGAGAGCGCAACUGGUCGGUAGUCGCCGAGAAGCGGAUCCUGCGUCUGCGCCGGCGCGCCGGAGUCACGGACCCGGACGCGCUGCCGCCCAUCGGGCUGGUGAUCCUCGACUUUGGCCGGGUCAACCACGUCGACAGCACCGCGUGCUCGCAUCUCAAGAACCUGGUCAAGGAGAUUACGCGCUACGGCGGCAAUCACGUCGAGGUCCGCUUCGUCGGCAUGACCGAGUACGUGCGGGAGAGGUUCGUGCGGUACGGCUGGAGGGUCGACGACGCGCCCGCUUGGGGCGCCACCGCCGGCGACAAGGACGCCACCAUGCUCUUCCCCACAGUCGCGGCUGCCGUCCUGGCGCCCAGGCGCAACACGCCAGAGGUCGUGCACGCCCAGCACGAUUUUGAUGAGAAGCGGAGCAGCAGCGAGGAUCUGGAGAAGGGCAUGGCUACCCACGCCGAGAGGACUGACAGGUCCAGCUCGCACGAGAGGAAGAGUGAGGCGAGGCCUUGAUCAUGAUGUAUGAUGUUCGAAGGUUGAGAGCUGGGUAUUUGGGCGUUUGAAGGGCUGGGAUUUUGUGUAUGGUGCUGGGAUCUUUGUGAGUUUUUAGACUGCUGGCAGUGAGUGUUCGCGGUGUGGAAAUCGUGUGGCGACGAAGAGUUUAUGAUACUUUUUUCCAGUUUUUUCCUAUCUGUCAAAGAGUUUACUUUUCUUUUCUGGGGUUAAAGCCUUUUCUCUUAUGUAUCCAUUGGUUCUCAGGUGUUUUCGCAGCAGUUGGGAAUAUAGGUAGGUAGGCAGGUAUAUAGGAAGCUCGAUGAAUCUCACAAUGAUUCAAAAGAUGGUCACCUCAUACACACCGCCAUCAAUAUGAUAAGCGUCCACAAUAUUCUCUGGCCAAUCCGGAGCAGCAGGAGCGUCUUUCGGAGGAGUCCAACUUCCUUCGUGGUAGUCGGUGGGACAGAAGCGCACCCCUUCGGUCGGGAUUAAUGUGUACCUGUUGCGCAGGCGACGCAGAUACUGUUCUGCGCUACACGAUGUUGACUUCAUGCCCCUAUAGCUCCGCCAAAUUUUCUCUGACACGCUCCUCACAUCCGCCGACUCGGUCAUAUCUGUGACGAUAAAUUCGAUCGCCGGUGUCGCCAGAUGUCGUUCGUCCACAACAGGAGGAUCUGGCUGGUUAUCAUCCUCAAAGAUGGGUGGCACAGAGCCAAGGCUAGGGGGCCUAGGGGGCGGCUUUGGGAUCAAAUUUCUCCACAUCUUGCCCAUACAUAGUUCGUGACCCUGUGUAGAGUCACAAAAUAAGCUCCAUCCCCCACUCAACCAAGUCCUAACAACUUGAUGGAAUAGUGUCAAGCUACUCCCUUUCGCGUUUCUGAUGAGUUGCAGCCUGUCUUUAACUGUCUCACUCAACAGCCCAAAAUGCUUGGAGAACUCGAACCCACCGGUCGAGUCGUCGUCGUCGUCGAAUUGGAACAUCAUGUCCAGCUUGUGACCACAAAAAACCAGACGAUACCCUUGGGGGUGAUGCGGUAUCUCUCUCAAGACCAAGGGGAUCAGUUGCGAGCUCUCUGAGCCGAGAAUAAAUAUGUGAUCUCGGUCUGGAUUCCAAUCUAGGGUAGCUUCACCAAUUGCUGUCUGGCACACCAACCUUAUUCCCUUGAAAAGUAUUGAGAGCGUUGAAGAAUCUUCCUCUCCACUGUCGGUAUAGUGAUCCGGGUAGUCCUGCUGAUAAGUGAGGCCAAGUCGCAGCUCUUGACCACCAGGAG